CCCUUGGCCGCGAGCCGCCCGGCGCUCGUAGACGCUGGCACGGGCGAGUCCGUCCCGCUCCCGGCCUUCCUCUCCAGGCUGCGCGCGCUCGCCGCCGCGCUCCGCGCCCGGCUCCGCCUCGGCCCGGGCGACGUCGCGUUCGUGCUCGCGCCCGCGGGCGUCCACGUCCCCGUGCUCUACUACGCGCUCAUGUCCGUGGGCGCCGUCGCGUCCCCGGCCGACCCGUCCCUACCCGCCGCCGAGGUCUCCCGCCUGCUCGCGCUCUCCGACCCGCGCGUCGCCUUCGCCGUCGCGGGCACCAGGGGCAAGCUCCCUCCCGGGCUCCCCACCGUGCUGCUCGACUCGCCGACGUUCCUCUCGUUCCUGCACGAGCCCGAGGACGCGGCGGUGGUCCGGCAGUCGGACCCGGUGGUGGUCCGGCAGUCGGACCCGGCGGCGGUGCUGUACUCGUCCGGGACCACGGGGCGCGCCAAGGCGGUCGUGCUGACCCACGGCAACCUCAUGGCCAGCAACGUGACGCGGGCGCCCGCGGCCGGGGAGACCCUCAUGCUCGCCGUGCCCCUCUUCCACGUGUACGGCUUCACCUUCUGCCUGAGGGCGGCGUCGGCGGCGCACACGCUGGUGCUGCCCGCGGCCAGGAGGAGGUUCGACGCCGCGGCGGUCCUGGGCGCGGUGGAGAGGUUCGAAGUGACGCGCCUGGCGCUGGCGCCACCCGCGCUGCUCGCCAUCGUGCGCGCCGCCGAGGAGGACGCGGCGGCGCCUGCCCGCGCAGCCUCGCUGCAGGCUGUGAGGUGCGGCGGCGCCCCCGUCGCGGCUGACCUCAUCGCGCGCUUCUCGCGCGUGUUCCCCGGCGUAAGCCUCGCGCAGGGGUACGGCCUCACGGAGACUACAGCCGGAUUCUGCCGCGCCGUCGGGGAGGAGGAAAGCGCGCGAGUGGGAUCCGUGGGGCGUCUCUCAUGGGGCGCCCAGGUGAAGGUCGUUGAUCCGGAGACGGGGGCAGCCCUGCCUCCUGGCGUGGCAGGGGAGCUUUGGGUCCGAGGCCCUUUCGUGAUGAAAGGUUACCUUGGCGACGACGAUUCCACGUCUGAGAUCUUGGACAGCCAAGGAUGGCUGAGGACAGGAGAUCUCUGCUACAUCGACCAGGAUGGAUUCGUCUUCAUCGUAGACCGUCUCAAGGAGUUGAUCAAGUACAAAGGCUACCAGGUGCCUCCUGCAGAGCUCGAAAACCUGCUGCAGACACACCCUGACAUUGAUGAAGCCGCAGUUGUCCCAUACCGUAGUGACGAGGAUGGUGGGGAGUUGCCGGUAGCGUUCAUCGUCAGACGCCCAGGAAGCCACCACUUGCAGGAAUCACACAUCAAAGACUUCGUCGCCAAACAGGUCGCGCACUACAAGCGGAUCCACCAUGUUUUCCUUGUGGAUUCGAUACCGAAGAACGCGUCGGGCAAGAUUUUACGCAGGGACCUGGCCAAGCUAGCGUCGCGGCGCAUUAGCUCCAAGCUAUAGGUCAAUAGGUGCAUUGUAUGUGUGACGUCCAUUUCUUUCCUUCUCUUGUUGCAAUGUACUAGCAGACACUGUCAGACUUGUAGUUAUUACCAUACCGGUUUAUUUAAUCAAGACAUGGAGAGUAAUCGUGUAGCCUCUCAACAAGAAAAAAGAUAAGUACACAGUACUGGCUUGGCAAACCAUCUGCACUAUACCAG